AUGGCCAACAACAACUCCCUCGAGAAGCUCAUCAACGGCUUCUACGGAGUGCCGCUGCCGCCACGACUUCCGCCCGCACCAACCAAGCGUAUCUCCAACAUCGCAUGGAGAGGUGACGGAGUGGAUCCGGUUUCCUCGGAAGGCGGAUGGUCUACAGAAGCGCCAGACCAGAUGCAGUCCAUGAAGAUUUGUCCUCGUCGCGCAGAGCUCGAAUACCUUCGCCACGGGCACCUAGACUACUUGGACCUCGCCGUUGUGAUCGGCUCAAAGUCCAAUGGGAAGGACUGGCUUGAACGAAGGGGGGCAAUGAAGCAGGAAGUGUCCAUCAUGCAUGGCAAGCUAGCCGGUAAGCAGUCUUUCAUUGCCAUGACUCUCGAGGCCGAUAUUUCGCUUUGCAACGUCAAGAUGAGCACUCACGAUUACCACCAGAGAGGCCUUAAACUCGGAAUCCUCCCGCUGCUUUUGAAGCCGCCUAUCUCUCUUCCUUUGAAGUGUAUCAACGAAGACGUCGAGUUUGGUGUUGGUGCUGAUGGGGAGGUUACGUUCAAUCAUUGCGUGAAGCACGGGGUAACAUGCAUGAACCCGCCACCUCAUUGA